CACGCUCCCCCGUCGUCUUGGCUCCGGUUGUCCCUUUAAAAAUCCGAAUCCAAGGCCAAUGAUUUAUCAAACUCCUAUUAUCAAGAAAAUGUCACGGGAAGGGCACCUUGCUCUGCACUGACGCAAACUCCGCUCUUUCCCACGGAGCUAUAGAAAAGCUUUGCACUUGGUGCUUUGCGCGGCUACAACCAGUCCGCUUCCAGUCCUCUCCUCAUCUUUUUACAGCUGUUUUUUCCAGCCUGCCAGCAUAGACCUGCAAAAACAUGGAUUUCUCUGACCAGAGAGACAUGGCCAAACAGCCGGCCAGCGCUCCUACCGGCUACAUCCCGACGCAGCAGCCCGACGGAGCUGCGGGACUUACAACAAACAAACCGGACAACACGGCUGCGUGCCCGCCGCCCGCCCCUCACCAUCACCCGGCGCCCCAGCCGCCGCCCCCCUCCAAUGAGAGCAAAACUUUUUGUCCCACGGAAAAUAAACCGGGAGAACUGGACAGCAAUAAAGCGUAUGGGACGUUUAAAAACACCCCGCCGGCUGUCCCUGGAUCCGUGGCCGUCAACUCGGCCUUCAGGAAGGAUUCCGUAGGUUCGGCCCGCGGGGGGUCCGCCCAGUACGGCGACCCGCUCCGGGCCACCGCGGAGCAGAACAACACCGCGGGCAACUGGACGGCAAUGAGCCAGACCACCAUCAUACUGGGAACAGAUGGGCACACGUCUGUUCAGCCCGGCACCGUGACGGGGGCAGAAGAUGAUGACGAGGAGGGAGAUGAGAAUAAGGCCAGAGGAAACUGGUCCAAUAAAAUGGAUUUUAUUCUGUCCAUGGUUGGCUAUGCGGUGGGACUGGGGAACGUGUGGAGGUUCCCUUAUCUCGCCUUCCAAAAUGGUGGAGGGGCGUUUUUGAUCCCCUACCUGACAAUGUUGGGCAUUGCCGGAAUCCCAAUCUUUUUGCUGGAGGUGUCUCUGGGCCAGUUCGCCAGCCAGGGGCCCGUCUCAGUGUGGAAAUGCAUCCCAGCUCUGCAAGGUUGCGGGAUUGCCAUGUUGAUAAUAUCUGUCUUGAUAGCCAUAUACUAUAAUAUUAUAAUGUGCUGGACACUGUACUACCUGUUCGCUUCGUUGAAGGGCUCACUGCCAUGGGCUAACUGUAGGAAUGAGUGGAACACGGUGGAAUGUAAGGACAAAGACAUGCUGCUGUUAGACACGUGCAUCCUGCGGGACAGAAACAUCACCUCCAUCAAGAACUCCACGUUCUGUCUGUCUGCGAAUGCUGUGGGAAAUCUGAGCAAACUGAUAAACAUGACUGUGGACGGCAACAAGACAUAUGUCAGCCCCAGUGAGGAGUACUUCAAGUACAAUGUGUUGCACAUCUCUAAAGGAAUUGAAUAUCCAGGAGACAUCCGCUGGCCUCUGGCAGGCUGUCUGCUCCUGGCCUGGUUUAUUGUCUACGCCUCUUUAGCCAAAGGAAUCAAGUCAUCAGGAAAGGUGGUUUAUUUCACAGCCACAUUUCCCUAUGUGGUGCUGGUCAUCCUGCUGAUCAGAGGAGUGACCCUCCCUGGUGCCUUCGACGGCAUCCUCUACUUUAUCACACCAAAGUGGGAGAAACUGAACGAUGCGAAGGUGUGGAAAGACGCAGCCACUCAGAUCUUCUUCUCUCUGUCGGCUGCUUGGGGAGGCCUCAUCACUCUCUCUUCCUACAAUAAGUUCCACAAUAACUGCUACAGGGAUACAAUUAUUGUGACAUGUACAAACAGUGCCACCAGUAUAUUUGCUGGGUUUGUCAUCUUCUCGGUCAUUGGUUUCAUGGCACAUGAGUUGAAAGUGCCGAUAGAGAAGGUGGCAGAUGAAGGUCCAGGCAUAGCGUUUGUGGUGUAUCCAGAGGCUCUGACCCGACUUCCACUGUCUCCUUUCUGGGCGAUCAUCUUCUUCCUCAUGCUCCUGACUCUUGGCCUCGAUACCAUGUUUGCUACCAUUGAGACCAUCGUAACCUCCGUGUCAGACGAGUUCCCCAAAUACUUGAGGAAACACAAACCGCUCUUCACCCUGGUCUGCUGUGCUUCCUUCUUCAUCCUGGGAUUUCCCAUGAUCACAGAGAGUGGGAUGUUCAUGCUGCAGCUGGUGGACACAUUCGCAGCCUCCUACUCUUUGGUCAUCAUUGCUAUCUGCGAGCUGGUGGGGAUUUCCUACCUCUAUGGUCUGCAGAGGUUUUGCGAGGACAUUGAAAUGAUGAUUGGUUUCCAGCCAAACCGAUUCUGGAGAAUCUGCUGGGCCUUUGUGACUCCAACCAUUCUGACGGGCAUCCUGGUACUGAGUCUGUACCAGUGGAAGGGGAUGACCUACGAGGACUACACCUACCCCACCUGGUCCAUGGUUAUGGGCUGGCUCAUGGUCAUCUGCUCUGUCAUCUGGAUCCCAAUCAUGUUUGUCAUUAAGAUGUACCUCGCCCCCGGCACCAUAAGCGAGCGUCUGAAGCUGGUCUGCUCCCCUCAGCCCGACUGGGGUCCUUUCCUGAUGAAGCACCGUGGAGAACGCUACAAGAACAUGAUGGACCCUCUGGGAACCAACUCUCUGGGACUCAAACUGCCCCCCAAGGACUUCCAGCUCGGCUCCUACCAGUAGCAGUCGUCCCAGCUGCACCAGACCCACCACCUCCAGCCCCGGCAGGGGGCACUGUAAGGGGGGGCAACUUCCACCUCUUCUUCUCCCUCCUCCCCUCUCUCUUUCUCCUAUCCGUACUUCACCCUCUUUGCUUCCUGUCUUCCUCCCUGUAUCAUGGAUGUGGAAACAGUCUCCCUUUCUUCUUCCCUCUCUUCUUCCUCACCACUUCCUCUCUUCUGCCAGGGAGGAGUGGCUGCCCAGGUGGAGUCUACUCCUCCACUGCUGCUUUGUACUCGGUUAAUGGGCUAUCAUUGCCUCCCACACAUGACCACUGAUUACUUCAGAACCCUUCCCAGGGAUCUUUAUUCCAAGAGAAAAAUUGUGUCAUAAAAUGACACAGCUCAGACUGCACUUGCAAUAUUAGACUCACCGUAGCUGCUCCCUAUGGAGUCAUGUGUGUAUGUGUGUUUGUGUGUGUGUGUGUGUGUGUGUGUGUGUGUGUGUGUGUGUGUGUGUGUGUGUGUGUGUGUGUGUGUGUGUGUGUGUGUGUGUGUGUGCCAUCAUAUUUGUGUGUAGAGAUAAUGAAUCAUCUUGGUGCAAGCAGACACAAAACAAAAAGAAAAUUGAGCGACAGCGGUUCAACGAGCUCAACGGGGAUCUGUGUUUUUGUUCUAUCUGUGUACAAAAUUCCAUCGGCGAUACAAAUAAUAUCAACUGCCUCGGGAAAAAAAAAGAAAAAGAAACACAGUAUGCACUGGUAUCACAUUUUGUUCCAGCAGUAUAUAUGUAUAUUCACAUUAGCUAUUGCUCAGUCGCUCUUGCUUUGUCAAAAAUAGAUUACAAGAUCUGCAAUUUGUGCCUCCUACGUCCCAGUAGAGUAGCGAAUGCAUCCUGAUUACCACUUUGAGUAGAUACACUUUGGCCUGGAUGACUCUGCAGUAUGAUAGAAGCUUGAGUCUAUUUUUCCCUCCGAAUCUGAGGGACCAUUUGUGAUACCCUCUCUCUUUAUCUAUUUAUUGAGCCGUAUACCUGUUCUCCUCUAUUGUAUUAUCCUAUAAUGUAAAGUAGCACAUUCCUAAUGUAGGUAACCACUAGACUAGUCUAUCCUUCCUUUAGUAGGUGAUAACGUGGCCAUUUAACCUUUUUAGGUCUCGAAAGGUGACCUGAUAGUCACUUUGUGAAUAUAUUUUAGAUGGUGCGUUUAUGUGUUGUGAACCUGUCAAGCCAUCUGUGAAAACCAUCUUUACAAUGUACAUUACAUCAGUAGAGUAACAGUAUAAAGUAUAUAAAUAUAUAUGUGUAUAUAUAUAUAUAUAUAUAUAUAUAUACUUUAUACAUAUACAGUUAUAUAUGUAUAGCAUCAUCGGAGGAGAGAGCUAGCAAGAUGGAGAUUGAGAGUGUGUGUGUGAGUCUAUUUCAUGUCUCUCUGAACCAUGUUUCUCUUGCUAGCUCGAUAAUAUCUUGUACAAUGUGUACACUUCUUAAAAAAAACUAUCUUCAAGCUGUACGUGUGUGUGUUGUCGCGUCCUCAUAAUGUUAGGAGCAGCUGCUAUGUGUGAGUAGAUGAAGAUUAGACUAGAAAAUGGCCUCCUUCUUUCCUGGAAAGUGUACUUUGUCUCUUGAUGUUUGUGGUAGAGCUCCGGAGACCUCUUUGCCAUUUCAGACUUAUGCCUCUUGCUUCUCUGUGUGUCCUCAUGAAAACAGGGUCUCAGGUAUACUCGAUUCCAUCAGACUACUCCGGUAGUUGUAGGAAUAAUAGCAUUCAAUGCAUAGGAAACAGAGAGUAGAGCCAUCCUAAUGCUAAACUAUUUUGGAAGGAGUCUGGAAGUGUCCUGUAAAGGAUCAGAAUCAAAAUACUACUUCCUGAUGACCUCAGUGCAGCAUCACUUUGCUUUUCGCUUGCUGUUGCUUAAAUGCGCCUUGCGAUGAUUAUACAGGACAUACAAGUGACUUAACCAGUUUUGGCCAACUGUGUGCAGUGCUAAAUCAAGUAUCUUUGUUUUCAUUAUGUUUAUAUGUAUGGAAAACAAGAAUUAGUUAAGAUUAAUUUAAGAUCUAAUUUCGGAUGCCUUGUAAUCGUCUUGAAAUUGUAUUGUCUCUUGAGCCAGUUUGCGGAAUCAGUUUUAUUUGCACAUGAAGAAAAUGAAAGGCUUUCAUCAACUUUAUGGUAGCCUUGCUCACACUGUGGUCCACCAGAAUCAGUCAAAUUACUGUAAUUUAGAACAUAUUUCCCUUUAAGUUGUGCUGUUAAGACAUCAUCAGCACAAGUUAGCUACUGUAAGAGUGUUUCCUGGGGGCGUAAAGUCAUGUCGGGAUGUUACACCACAGCAGCCUGAAAGAACAGUCCUGUGCAGCUCAACAGGCGUGCAACUUUCUAUAAAUGUGACAUGACAGGCAGCCAACCUUUACUUUGUCAGCUUUCAACCAAUUACCUAAAAAGUAACACAAUGCAUCAACUCAGAAGCAGUACUUUCCAUGCUUUGACCAGCUGGAUAUGCAUUUUCAUGUGGAUACAACGUCCCGAUUGGCUUUAUUAUGCUUUUAACACUGCAGGCGUUUACUUGAGUUGAGUGGCUGAAGUGUUUUAAAUAGAGGCUGCAGGUAUGGAUGCAAUAACAGUUGCUCAGAGGUUCUCCUUAACUAUUUCUCUAAGCCAUGUCUUUUAAUAAUCUUGACACGGAAAUAGCACAGAUAUGAUUUAAGAGGUUGUACGGUUUGAAAACAAAACAUAAUCAAUUAAUGAGCACAAAAAGCCCUGCUGUUAAAUAGCUUGCUUGCUCCACAGUGUUGCUUUUGUUAAGACUGUGUAUUUAGCUCUAUUUGUUCAAACGUGAUAAUAAUGUAUGUCUGUGUAUGCUUGUGUGUGUGUGUUUGUCUCUGUAUUCGUUUUACUGAACUCCACUGUCAAUCAGAUGUUUGCAUGGCCAGUCUCAGAGUAGAUCACUAAAAGAAGCAAAGGAGAUUUACAAGACUUUUUUUUCCUAGGAUGCCUCGGCCUGAUGGUCCUUUUUCUCUUUCCUGACAGACGUGAGGAUCUUAGACCACCAAUUGUGAACAUGAGCUGUGUAAAACAAACUUUUAACACUGAUAUGCUCCAAAAAAUUCAACCCUAUGGCAACCACUCGCUUGAGAGCAGGGGUGCGAGCAGGUUGGAAUUUGAAAUCAUGUGUUAGAUGUAUUGGACGGUAUGGUCCUUUUAUUCCCCGAGAUAGAUUUUAAUGAUUUCCUUUAGGGCCACAGAUAAAUAGCUAUGUGUUUUGUGUCCUUGUUUCCAUUUCGACUGGGCUUCUCUGCUUUUGGUUUGAGAAAAAAAAAUGGCUUAGGGUUCAGUUAAAACCACAUUGCUUCACAAAAUAUAACACUGAAGAGCUUGCAUGUGCAGUUUGUGUUGCUGUAACUCAAUGUCCAUGUAUAGUAAUCCUUGUCCUUUCUCUCUCAAUAAUAUAAGUCCGUGCAUGUUUACUUUAGGGAGUUUUUUGUUCGACGUAAUGUUUAGAAACGGAGGGUUGCUAUUGUCCUUCUUACAGAGGAGGAAGAAAUAAAAAAAACAGAAAAAGUAACUGUCAAUUCGCUUUGCCUGCAAGUCAACUUUGGGCAGUAUAGGUAACCAAAGAAAGAGUACUUUAAACUAGGGUUGUAGUGAAAACAGAAAACAAACUUUAGAAGAAAAAAGGAACGUGUCAUCCGCGUAUAGGAGGUUGAGAUACUGCCAUUCAUAUCCCAUGUAGUGUUCCUUGAUGUUUGCCAAUACGUUACAAAACAUCUUCAGGUAACCAUUGGCCUUAUAGAUGUCCUCUAAUGGUAGAAUAUUGUAUGUAUUUCAAAAAUAACACCACAGAAUAGCUUAUCGUCUAUCUCAUAUGGUAACAGUAUUCCUAUUGUUAUGUCUGUUGUGUCUUUUUGGCACUUUAUUGUCCGACCUAUGAAUGCAUAGGUUAAAUUUCUAAUUACUUGAGUAAUGUCAUAUAUUUCUGUGUGUUCUAUGUGAGGUACUGCUGCCUAUGGAUAUAGAUAUGUGCCUCCAACAGCUCAUGACAUCCUUUGUUUUGAAAGUAGAGACUAGAUAUAUGACAAAUAUCUUUUAAAAUCGGUGUGAGAUAUAAAAAAAUAAGAAAAUAUAUAUCAUAUAUGUGAAAUGCAUUUAUUUAUUUUCAUUGUCAUCAAUCUUUGAGGCCCUACCUCAGAUUUUGUAUUUAUGUAUAGAAAUGCAAUUGGAUUAUAGUAUCUUUGCCAAUAAUAAUAUAUCGCUAUUAUAUCAUGAAAUGUAUAACCUAUGAAUCAAUAAAUAAAUGUUAUUGUUUUA